AUGGAAAUCCAAUACAAUCCGAUCCCACUGCAGCCGAAAAGAGUCGCUCAGCCAGAGACGUAUCGAGAUGUACCUUUUCUUCCUUUUGCUUCCUUUGAAGUUCUCAAGGCACCUCGGCCUAUCUAUCCAGUAAGUCACUCCAUACCUCGUUUCCGUAGCCCUCGACGCGAUGAACUCUCGACUGCCGUAUUCGUACCUUUUCGGCUGGACACACAAUUCUGCGACGAGAAGUGA